AUGGUCGUACUCGCAGCGUCCAUAUGCACCCGCGGGGGUAAAGCAGUUCUUUCGCGCCAGUUCCGUGAGAUUUCUCGCUCCAGAAUCGAAGCUUUACUCGCAUCCUUCCCGAAACUGGCAGAUUCUGGCACCCAACAUACCACCGUUGAACAAGACAAUGUCCGCUUUGUGUACCAGCCCCUGGAUGAGCUAUACAUUGUCCUGAUUACCAACCGUCAAUCCAACAUUCUGCAAGACAUCGAUAGCCUCCACCUGUUUGCCCAAGUUACUACCAGUAUUUGCAAGAGCUUAGAUGAACGGGAAAUUUUGCGCAAUGCUUUCGAGCUCCUCAGCGCAUAUGACGAGCUAGUGACGCUGGGAUACAGGGAGAAUCUAUCGCUGUCGCAGAUCAAGACUUUCUUGGAAAUGGAGAGUCACGAGGAGAGAAUUCAAGAGAUUAUUGAACGGAACAAAGAACUCGAGGCGAGCGAGGAGCGCAAAAGAAAAGCCAAACAACUGGAGAUGCAGCGAAAGGAGGCAGCUCGCACCGGUCGUGCCAUGGCUCCACGCACCCCGUCCUAUCCUGUCUAUACUCCCCCAUCGCGACCUGCCGUACCCGAUACCUACGAUUCCUAUGAAGCAGAGAAGAAGAAGUCAUUUGCCAAGCCAUUGCCAACUAGAGGGAAGGGCAUGCAGCUGGGAAAGAAGUCAAAAACCACGGAUAUAUACGAGAAAGUCCGCGGCGAUCUGGGCCCCGAAUCUGAGGAGUCUAGCCCUCUAGUCACCCCCCAAGUCUCAAGUCCUGUCGUCGGGGAGACUUCGUCUGCUCGCGCCUCUCUCUCUGUUGACCGGGAUCCUGUUCACGUUACUAUUGCAGAAACAAUCUCUGCCAGUCUUACACGUGAAGGUGCUCUGAAAUCCUUCGAAGUCAAGGGCGACUUACAGCUCCGCAUCUCCGAUCCGUCAUUCACUAAGGUCAAACUUGACCUUGCCACCAACCCUACUCAUGGAGCUCAGUUCCGUACACAUCCAAAUGUUGAUAAGGCUGCCUUCACCGACUCAUCUGCCAUUCAACUAAAGGAUUCGACCAAGCGAUUCCCGGUUAAUAACUCAAUCGGCGUCCUGCGUUGGCGUGUCGCUAGCUCGGAUAAUGCUGAUAUGCUCCCUAUCACCUUCACCGUCUGGGUGAACAAGGGAUCCGAUUCCACUACAGUCACCGUUGAAUACGAGCUCACUGGGUCGGACGAUCUGCGUGACGUUGUUGUUACUAUUCCAUAUGGCGAAAUAGAACCGUCUGUAUCUAGUUUUGAUGCUGUGUACGAAGUGACCGGAGAUAGCAUCGACUGGAACAUCGGAACAGUGGAUGAAACCAACGCGUCUGGUAGCUUCGAGUUUGAAUCUACCGGCGAUUCUGAUGAAAAUAUUUUCUUCCCGAUGAACGUUCGUUUCUCCAAAACGAAUCCGUUCGUUGAGGUUGAUGUUACUGCCGUCUCUCUAUUGGAGAUGGAUGGCGAAGAAACCGGGUUCAGCAAGGAGGUGAAGAGCAUUGCAGAUGGUUAUUUGAUCAAGUAA